AUGUCUACCGGUCUUCCCUCCGUUUACAUCGUUUCUGCCGCCAGAACCCCUGUGGGGUCCUUCCUUGGUCAGCUUUCCAGCCUUUCUGCUGUUCAGCUCGGUGCCCAUGCCAUCAAGUCUGCCGUUGACCGCGUUCCCGAAAUCAAGGCUGAGGAUGUUGAGGAGGUCUUCUUUGGCAAUGUCCUCUCCGCUGGUGUCGGUCAGGCUCCUGCCCGCCAGUGCGCCCUGAAGGCCGGUCUCUCGAACAAGGUGGUCGCCACCACCGUCAACAAGGUGUGCGCUUCCGGCAUGAAGGCCAUCAUCCUUGGCGCCCAGACCAUCAUGACUGGCAAUGCAGACAUCGUUGUCGCUGGCGGCACCGAGAGCAUGUCCAACGUCCCCCACUAUAUGCAGAACCUCCGCACUGGUGUCAAGUACGGCGACGGCGGCCUUGUCGACGGUAUCCAGUCCGACGGUCUCCGUGAUGCAUAUGGCAAGGAGCUCAUGGGUGUCCAGGCCGAGCUCUGCGCCAAGGACCAUGAACUGAGCCGUGAGGCCCAGGACGAGUAUGCCAUCAACUCCUACCAGAAGGCCCAGGCCGCCACCGAGGCUGGUCUGUUCAAGGAAAUUGCACCUAUCGAGGUCCCGGGUGGCCGCGGCAAGCCUGCCAUCAAGAUUGACCGCGAUGAAGAGGUCAAGAACCUCAACAUCGAGAAGCUCAAGUCCGCCCGUACCGUCUUCCAGGCCAAGGACGGUACCGUCACUGCUCCCAACGCCUCCCCCAUCAACGAUGGUGCCGCUGCCGUUGUUCUUGUCUCCGAGGCUAAGCUUAAGGAGCUUGGUAUCAAGCCCAUCGCCAAGAUCCUUGGCUGGGGCGAUGCCGCUCACGAGCCUGAGCGCUUCACAACUGCCCCGGCUCUCGCCAUUCCCAAGGCCAUCAAGCAUGCCGGUAUCAAGAAGGAGGACGUUGACUUCUACGAGAUCAAUGAGGCUUUCUCUGUUGUUGCCCUUGCCAACAUGAAAAUCCUUGGCCUCGAGCCCGAGAAGGUCAACGUCUAUGGUGGCUCCGUUGCCAUCGGCCACCCUCUUGGCUGCUCCGGUGCUCGUGUUGUCACUACCCUCACCUCCGUCUUGGCUGAGAAGAAGGCCAAGAUUGGCUGCGCUGGUAUCUGCAACGGUGGCGGUGGUGCUUCUGCCAUCGUUAUCGAAAACUUGCAGUAAGUGGCUGGCGCUUGUGUCUCGAUCAUUCUAUAUACCCACAUAUCUUUCCACAUGGCUCGCGGGGCGGAGUUUUGCAGAAACGAAAAAGCACACAUGCCUCGUGAUUACUACAUGAGGAUGACAUUCUAAUAAAAAGUUUUGAUGAUUGAUGAUAGAUCGACAACUAGCUUGCCCUUCACUAAGUCAAGCCUUUAAUAAUACUAAAACCCAAUUCAUACACGGGAGAUUGUUCUCGACGUAAUUCAGACCAUAGCUGUCAUUCAAAGAGUUCACAUCAUUCGGA